CGAGACGCCGUUCUGAGGCUGGGCUCGGCGCGGCCCGGAGCCGCUGCCGCCGCCAUGGCGCUGCCCCCGCGGCGCGGCCCCCGGCGCUGAGCUCUUCCCACGCCAUGGCCGGGGCCAUCGCGUCCCGCAUGAGCUUCAGCUCGCUCAAACGGAAGCAGCCCAAGACCUUCACGGUGCGAAUCGUCACCAUGGACGCCGAGAUGGAGUUCAGCUGCGAGGUGAAGUGGAAAGGCAAAGACUUGUUUGACCUGGUAUGCAGAACGCUGGGACUCCGAGAAACAUGGUUCUUUGGCCUGCAGUAUACUAUCAAGGACACGGUGGCUUGGCUUAAAAUGGACAAGAAGGUUCUGGAUCAUGAUGUGCCAACAGAGGAACCUGUCACCUUUCACUUCCUAGCCAAAUUUUAUCCUGAGAAUGCAGAGGAGGAGCUGGUCCAGGAGAUCACACAGCACUUGUUCUUCUUGCAGGUGAAGAAGCAGAUUUUGGAUGAGAAGAUCUACUGUCCUCCUGAAGCUUCUGUCCUCCUGGCCUCUUAUGCAGUCCAAGCCAAGUAUGGUGAUUAUGAUCCCAACGUCCACAAGCGAGGCUUUCUGGCACAGGAGGAGUUGCUUCCAAAGCGGGUAAUAAACUUGUACCAGAUGACUCCAGAGAUGUGGGAGGAAAGGAUUACAGCCUGGUAUGCAGAGCAUCGAGGCAGAGCAAGAGAUGAAGCAGAAAUGGAGUAUUUGAAGAUAGCUCAGGACUUGGAGAUGUAUGGAGUGAACUAUUUUGCAAUUAGGAAUAAAAAGGGUACUGAACUGCUCCUUGGAGUCGAUGCUUUGGGUCUUCACAUUUAUGACCCAGACAACAGGUUGACCCCUAAAAUCUCCUUUCCGUGGAAUGAGAUCCGGAAUAUCUCCUACAGUGAUAAAGAGUUUACAAUUAAGCCAUUGGACAAAAAGAUCGAUGUGUUCAAAUUCAAUUCAUCAAAGCUGCGUGUGAAUAAGCUGAUUCUUCAGCUGUGUAUUGGAAACCAUGAUCUUUUCAUGAGGAGGAGAAAGGCCGAUUCAUUGGAGGUGCAGCAGAUGAAAGCACAGGCCAGGGAGGAGAAAGCCAGGAAGCAGAUGGAACGACAGCGCCUGGCCCGAGAGAAGCAAAUGAGAGAAGAGGCUGAAAGGACAAGGGAUGAGCUGGAGAGAAGGCUGAUGCAAUUAAAAGAAGAAGCAACAAUGGCCAACGAGGCCCUGAUGAGGUCUGAAGAAACAGCUGAUUUGCUGGCUGAGAAGGCUCAGAUCACGGAGGAGGAGGCCAAGCUCCUGGCUCAGAAAGCAGCAGAGGCUGAGCAAGAGAUGCAGCGAAUCAAAGCCACGGCCAUCCGGACGGAGGAGGAGAAGCGACUGAUGGAACAGAAGGUGCUAGAAGCAGAGAUGUUGGCACUGAAAAUGGCGGAGGAGUCAGAGAGGAGGGCAAAGGAGGCUGAUCAGCUAAAGCAAGACCUUCAGGAGGCUCGAGAGUCUGAGCGGAGAGCAAAGCAGAAGCUUUUGGAAAUCACUAGCAAGUCAUCCUACACGCAGUCCAUGAACUCCAGCACAACAGCACUGCCAACCGACCUGCCGAGCUUCAACCUCAUCAGUGAGAGCCUGUCCUUUGACUUCAAGGAUACAGACAUGAAGAGGCUGUCCAUGGAGAUCGAGAAAGAGAAGGUAGAGUAUAUGGAGAAAAGCAAGCACCUGCAGGAGCAGCUGAAUGAGCUGAAGACUGAAAUCGAGGCGCUGAAGCUGAAGGAGAGAGAGACAGCUCUGGAUAUAUUGCACAACGAGAAUGCCAGCCGAGGCAACAGCAAGCACAACACUAUUAAAAAGCCUCAAGCCCAGGGCAGAAGACCUAUCUGCAUUUGAGACUUCAAACUCACCCUACAGAGCACCAAGUCCCGCGUGGCCUUCUUCGAGGAGCUCUAGGAGGUGACCAGCCCUGAGGAGUGGGGUUCCCAUCCCACGGCCCCGCACCGCCCCGAUGCCUGCUGCUCCCACCUGGGCUAUGGACUGGGAUCUUCUCCUCUUAGCAUCUCCCAGUUUGAGUUUUCCCCAUGUUCUCUUGUCCUUUUUUUUUUUUUUUUUUUGCCCUUAUUUUUCUACCUGCUCUACUCUGUCUCGGCCCCCCAGGCUUUGUCCUCCACGAGGAGGACAAAAGAGGUUUGGAUCGCAGCGCACUGAGGAGCGGAUGGGGCACUGCUGGCACCUGGAGCACAUGCAGGGAGAGGAGGAGAGCACGAAGGCUGAAGCUGUGCUGGGGAGAGGAGAAAGGGGCAGGAAGACCUCCUCCUCCUCUGCAGGCAGGAAGGAGAACAACCCAUGCCGACCACCUAUAGCCUUUUUUUCCCCACAGACUGUGCCAAACACGGGCAGUGUGAGGCUGUGGGUCUGUCCAACCUCUACCUGCUCUGUGCCUUUCCAGGAGCUCCCUUACCAGCUCCACCUCACCACUGCCCUGUUUCAGUUCCCUAUUUAGGGUAAGCAGGCCGAGGUGCUGACAGCACCCAAACCCCCCUGGGGACUCCUGUUGUCUCCCCCACAGGCCCCUGUCCACGGCUGGGCUCUGGGUCUGCCUCCAUCCCUGUGUCCCCAUGCAAAGCAUCACCCUGCAAAGGCCCAGGGCGCCCAGUUCCUGGCAGCAGGGGCUGACCAUGCGGUGCCUCCACCCCACGGUGCCCUGAUCCCUUUUAUUUAAGCACGCUGUGUGUAUCAGCUCCCUGCCCAAUGCGUGCCUGCAAUUUGGAUGGGUUCUCCCCUGACCCCGGUACAGCCUUUUUCUAUUCCCACGGAUUGUUGUACUCCUAAGAAAUAACGGGUUUCUCGUUUGUUUUAAUAAAAAUUCAAAGCGGGAGGAGGGGGAGCUGCUGCUCGCUCAUCUCUUCCUCGCUCCCUAAGACU